AUGUCGUCAGUCACAUUAAAGGAGAGCGGCAUCCAAGUCAAGCUACCCGAUGGCCUAUCAAAAGAUCAACUUCUAGGUUUUCGACCUUUCAACGAUUGGGUCAAGGGCCUCAACAACUCUCUAAGCCUGCAAGCCAAGAGCAAAGACCACCCAUUUCACCAAGACCCCUACGGCCUACGAGGUAUCACAGUUCAGGCCUUUGACAUCUUUGGGUCCGGCCGCGUCGGUUUCCUUAAGAUCAGGGCGGACGUCAAGAACGAGGCGGGAGAGUGUCUCCCAGCCAGCAUCUUCCUUCGUGGACCCAGCGUCGGCAUGCUGGUGAUGCUCAUCCCCGACGACGCGCCGCCCAACAGCAACGAGCGCUACGUCGUCUUGACGGUGCAGCCCCGUGUGCCGGUCAGUAGUCUGUCAUUCGUGGAGUUGCCUGCAGGCAUGGUCGACGACAGCGGCAGCUUCGCCGGCGCCGCGGCAAAGGAGAUCAAGGAGGAGCUGGGCUUGGAGAUUCACGAGUCGAAGCUGACGUGCUUGAGCGAGCUGGCUGGCGCGGGCAGAUCAGGUGGGAAUGAAGCCGAAGAGGGCUUGGCAGAGGCGAUGUACCCCUCUGCCGGCGGCUGCGACGAGUUCGUGACACUGUAUAGCCACGAGAAGAGGAUCCCUCGCGAGCAAUUGAAGGAAUGGAGUGGCAAGCUGACUGGCCUACGGGAUCACGGGGAGAAGAUCACGUUGAAGCUUGUGCCUAUGAAGGAUCUGUGGCGAGAGGGCGCGCGGGACGCAAAGUGUCUCGCGUCGCUGGCUCUCUGGGAGGGACUCCGACGCGAGGGCAAGUUAUAA